AUUAAAAAAACAAAAAUGCCUUUUUUUUCCUUUCUUUCUUUAGUUCGAGAUCGUAUGAGGACAAAAAUGGAGAGAGAUAUAUUGGCAGAAGUAAAACAUCCUUUUAUUGUAAAAUUACAUUAUGCAUUUCAGACAGAAGGUAAACUUUAUUUAAUUUUGGAUUUCCUGAAAGGAGGAGAUCUUUUCUCUCGUCUUAGUAAAGAGUUUAUGUUUACAGAAGAUGAUGUAAAGUUUUAUUUGGCAGAAUUAGCUCUAGCCUUGGACCACUUACAUAGAUUAGGUAUAAUUUAUCGUGAUCUCAAACCUGAAAAUAUUCUUUUAGAUGUUGAUGGUCAUAUUAGUUUAACAGAUUUUGGCUUAAGUAAAGAAGCUUUAAAUGACCAAAAAACAUAUUCAUUCUGUGGAACAGUAGAAUAUAUGGCUCCUGAAGUAAUUAAUCGUAAAGGCCAUUCUAUGGCUGCAGAUUGGUGGUCAUUUGGAGUUUUAAUGUUUGAAAUGUUAACUGGUGCCCUACCAUUUCAAGGAAUUGAUAGGAAAGAUACCAUGAUGCAAAUAUUAAAAGCUAAACUGGGAAUGCCACAAUUUCUUAGUCCAGAAGCUCAAAGCCUAUUGAGAGCAUUAUUUAAAAGAAAUCCAGCAAACAGAUUAGGUUCAGGACCAAAUGGCAUUGGUGAUAUUAAAGCUCAUGAAUUCUUUGCGACCAUUGAUUUUGUAGCAUUUGAAACUUGCAAUUUUGCAUUCAAUGUAUGUAUUUAUUAUUUAAAAAAUAAACAAGUAGAUUCUCCUGGUGUUCCACCGAGUGCCAAUGCACAUGAGCUAUUCAGAGGUUUUAGCUUUGUUUCUUCUACAUUCUAUGAAGACACAACUGUAAAAAAUAAUGAAAACAUUAUUAAACAAGUUGAUAAUAAACAAGUCUACAAAAGUUCCAUUCUUUCUGAUUAUGAAUUUAAAGAAGUUUUAGGUUUUGGUUCCUACUCAGUAUGUAAAAGAUGCAUUCAUAAGGAAACAAAUAAAGAAUUUGCUGUUAAAAUAAUUGAUAAAUCUAUACGAGACUGUCAAGAAGAAAUAGAGAUUCUUCUAAGAUAUGGCCAUCAUCAAAACAUUGUUACUUUAUAUGAUGUUUAUGAAGAUGCAAAUUCAAUUUACUUAAUUAUGGAAUUACUCAGAGGGGGCGAACUACUUGACAAAAUACUUAGUCAGAGAUAUUUCAGCGAAAAAGAAGCAAGUGCUAUACUUGAAGUUAUUGCAAGGACUGUUAAAUAUCUUCAUGAUAAUGGGGUAGUGCACAGAGACUUAAAACCUUCCAACAUCAUGUAUGCUGAUAAAACUGACAAUCCUUCUUCUUUAAUUAUAUGUGAUUUUGGAUUUGCCAAACAGAUAAGAGCAGAAAAUGGACUACUGAUGACACCAUGCUAUACAGCAAAUUUUGUAGCACCAGAAGUGCUGAAACAACAGGGUUAUGAUGAAGCUUGUGAUAUAUGGAGUAUGGGUGUGCUUUUGUAUACAAUGCUUGCUGGACAUACACCAUUUGCAAAUGGUCCAAAUGAUACACCAAGUGAUAUUUUAGCUCGAAUUGAACAAGGGAGGUUUGAUACAUUUUCAUCAAACUGGAUAACUAUUUCUGCUAGUGCUAAACAUUUAGUACAAAUGAUGCUACAUAUUGAUCCUAAGAAACGAUACAAAAUCACAGAUAUUCUUAAUCAUUCAUGGAUAACUAAUCGAAACAUGCUUCCCUCUAACAAUCUGUUUCAUCAGGAUCUUCAUAUAGUCAAGGGUGCAAUGGCAGCAACAUUCCGUGCUAUCAAUAAUUUUCCUAAGCCACCAAAUCUAGAACCAGUUGGAGCUUCUGAGCUUGCGCGCCGCCGUGCCAGAACUAAACCAAAGUCUUCCACUGAAGUGUAAAAGUGCCAUUUAUUAUUUAUUUUUGCAAAGAAGAUGAGAUCAAUUGGUGCAAACCAAUUAUGCAGAUCAGAUGCAUUAUCAAUAUCAGGACAUUCUCACUCAUAAAAGAAUAUGUAAUAUAUAUAUGCAUUUUUUUUUUUUCAUAUUUUGAAAAUGGGGGAAUCAAUCGAAUAUUGAUUAUGACAUUUCAUCAUUUGUUCAUUUUAAUUUUUGUUAGGAACGAACCUCAUAUAAAGCAUUUAUGUGUCUAGUUUCUAAGAACACAACUUAUUGCAUUUGAAUGUAAAGAUGAUACGGAGUUCUGAGACGAUAAUCUUGGCAUUUUUUUGACGAGAAGUUGAUAUUCUGUACAUAAGUUAUUGAAGAAAUUCCAUUCAAAAUUGUAGCUUGUAAAUUGUACUCUAGUCUCAUUUAAAUAAGUUUAAUACAUAUGCAUAUAUUGCAUUUUCAACCUGGUAAAUAUGCAAAUAUUGAUCAUUUGCACCCCCAUUUCAGCCAGGAUCAACAUUGAGAAUAUUUACCAUUUCUGUCCAAAUACAUAAAUUGUUAAUUAGCCCUCACUGAUUGUGAUAAUUUAUGAACUACCUGCAGUGCUUUAUAAAAGUAUUGUUAAAUAUCAAGUGCCUUAAAUAUUUAAUCCGUCAGAAAUUUAAAAUUAGAAUUUUAUACAUUCCUUAUAAUAUUGUUAAAAACAAGAAUUAUUUGUAUAGAUUCAUUUGUAGAGAGAAAUUUACACUAUUAUAUAUAUAUAUAAAACAGCAAGUUUGUAAACCUGAAAAGUACAAAUGUGUUAUACUUAAUAUACUUUUAUAUAUGUAUAUUAGCAAUAAUGAAUAAAAUUAUUAAAUUUAAAAAAAGAAAUUAUUUCAUGCAAAAUAUUAAAAUUUAC